GACAUCCCCGACCCAGUUCGUUUCAUCACGCCCGACUGGAUGCCGAACAGCCCUUUCACUCCGGGUCUACCAGUAGCUCAUGUCAGGUUGGAACGCGUCUUGCCCACCGCUGCAUGGCAAUGCACCAGCCGGUUGGCGCCCGGUGUGGAGCUGUUUGUGCCCGGCGGUCAGACCCGUCGGGUUCAUCCUCAUGGAAACCGCUCCAACGGUAGCGGUACAGGCGUCGAGGCUGGAUACUCCAGCGAUUCUUCUGCAACUAGUUCCAUGCCCAAGGUCAAUAAGAUUGGCAGCAGUAGCAAGAAGAAGCUGUCGAUGCCGGCACUGCCUACUCCAACAGGGGACCUCGAUACGGUGAGCGACAGGAGGAUGAGUGAGGCAAAAAGUGCAGCUGGUACCAGCUUCGCUUCGGGUCCCAGCAUGGCGUCUAGUGCUGGAGGUCCCAGCAUCGGCAGUGCCUCCAGCACCCUGGGCUCAGACAAUCCACUCUCGGACCCAAGUCUCGCCCAGAUGGCGACUUUUCUCUGCAUCACGGACUCGUGGUCUAAUUGGGGUGCAUGUUCUGUGACUUGCGGUGUCGGAAUUCGAACCCGACACCGUCAGAUGCUGGUGAACAAGAAGAACGAGCUCUGCCAACACCUCCCUCUGCUGCAGGAAGAGGAUAGUGUGGAUAAGAAUGUCACGAUAGCAACAGAUUAUAUGGGUCAGACUGGCCCCAAAGUAUAA